AUGUGGCGCCUAGCUUUGCUCGACUCAAAAAUAGUUACCUCCGUACACAUGGACCUCCAACCGUCAAAAGUCCUCCUUGCCGCCGAGGAUAAUGGCAUAUUGUGUCACGCGCAGAGUCUUCUUCGGCGAAGAUUGCUUGUAGUCGAUAGCAAUGUUGUCUUGAAGAAACAAGGUUCACUUACUUCAUCUAACCAUGAAAAAAACAACUCAGUUACAUUGAGGGAGUCACCUAAGCGACAGUGA